CGUCCUUGGCCAGGCCUCCAAGCUCAUCUGCAGCUGCUCCUUCCCUAGGCCUGAGGGAAGAGAGACUCGGUGGUUGCAGUUAACUGCCCAGCCGGGGGCCGACUGGGAUCCCCAAGCCCACGGGCCCGAGGCAGACCUUUACCAGAGCGGAAAGCGGGCAGGGCGCGGGCCCGCCAAGGCUGCUGCUUGCCGCCCAGCGGCGCCUCUCCGGCCCCAGCACCGCCCCCCCUGCCCAGCCGCGCCAGGGGCAGCCGCCAGCAGCCGCUGCAGCCCCUUCGCGUGAGGAGCUCCGGACUGCCGGCCGUUCCCACCGCCCCGCCUCAAGAUGGCGCCGCGCGCCGCUGCGGGCGCCCCGUGAGGCGCGGGCUGCGCGUGCGCCGCCGGCGGGAAGAUGGCGGACGAUAAGGACUCGGUGCCCAAGCUGAAGGACCUCGCCUUCCUGAAGGGCCAGCUGGAGAGCCUGCAGCGGCGCGUGGAGGACGAGGUGCAGGCGGGCGUGGGGCAGGACGGCUCGCUGCUGGCUUCUCCGUUUCUCAAGGGCUUUCUGGCAGGCUACGUGGUCGCCAAACUGCGCUUCUCGGCCGUGCUGGGGUUCGUGGCUGGGACGUGCACGGGAAUAUACGCCGCGCAGAACUACGCCGUUCCCAACGUCGAAAAGACAAUCCGGGACUAUUUCAAUUCUCUGAAAAAAGGCCGGGACUAGAGAGGAGUGGUUUUGGCAGAGGUGACUCUCCAGAAGCAGCUUUUCUCGGUGAGGUGGCAGGAGCAGAUGGGCUUUUGGGGACAGCAGUCACAUACACCAUUCUGCUGGAAAAAUGCUUCAUACCAGAUACUCCUGAGACAUCAGCAAGUCUGGCUCUGCGAUAUUUAUUAGAGUAUUGUGGAAGAGGCGAUUGCUCCGUUAACUCUUCGUAGCUUGGAAGCGUCAGCAGCCAAGUGGUUGCCAGUUGCCUUUUCCCUUCACUUCUCCCCCUGUUCCCCUGUGGAGUGAAAAGCUGUCGGUGGCACGUCUGCCCGUGCACCUUUCCAUCCAGUAAUCGCUGUGCCUGAGGAACAUGCUUUGCCUGGCUUCCUGGCAAGGCCUGAAGCUCUCUCCUGAAUGAAGAAUGAAACUGUUCCGUUCUACCACAAAUGUAACAGUUAACGUAUCUUAAUCGAACUCAUUAAAUUCAUGGUAUUUGAUCUCUUCUUGAA